GGAGGGGCGCGGCAAGGAACAUUAAGAACCCUCUCUGGCCCAAGUUAAACACAAGCGGAUAGAAACGCUACUGUCAUAAACGAGCCGCACUUUUCUUUUCUCAGGAAAGUGUCAAAGAGUGAAACUGUGUGUGACUGAGACAAAGCCAACAGAGCGACUGUUGUUCCUAGGAAUCCCCAGAGAAGGAGGGGAGAGAGGGGAGGAGAUGGAGGGCUCUGGCAGAGAGGGGGCAGAGGGGACACAUCAGCUCCACCUCUAGUCAGACACUGAGAUGAUGCACAGCGGGCUCCACAUUCAGCAACUUCAUCCCUUGCUUGUAACUCUGAGCCCGAGUCUUAUUGGGGAGACGGGGCUCCUUGCGGGCAGAGAAGCGCCCUUUUACUCACUCGCAUAGAGAACUCAUUGUGACCGGCUUAUCUGGGGGAUUUCACUAAGGAGGGGACUGAGUUUGGCUUCAGCCUCCUGAAACCGGGGAAAGAAGAAGCAGCAUGUGGAUUGCCCUGCCGGUUAGGAGAGCCGCACGUACCACAGGACCCUGAGCUGGCGCAGUCGGGAAGGAGAAGCCCAGGGGCGUUCGUGGAUACUCAGCCUCACUCAUGACUGCAUUACACGGACCCUAGAAAUCUGUCCCUCUCAGGGUGCCAGAGAUUCCAUGAAAAAUACAGAUACAACAGACCCUUCAGAAACAGAACAAGAUAAACACAGACCGUGUGCUCAAGGAAAAAGGAAGCCUGAAACAAUGCCUAGGUUGUAGCUUCUCCAUGAAGGGGGCAGGAAGUUCUCCCCCGCACUAGAAAGGAAGGAACAAGCCAUUGAAGUUUUCUCUUUGCCAUGGAUAAAAUACCAAACCUGCCUAUGGAUUUUAGAGAUAUUUUGAGAACUCUCAGGAUGAAGGCCAAAUAUGCACUGUUCUUGGGUUUUGUGGUGGUUCUGGUCAUUAUCGAGAAAGAAAACAAGAUCAUCUCAAAGGUGUCAGACAAACUUAAUUUGAAGCAAAUCCCACAGAACAUCUUUGAAGCUAACAGUACAGAGAAUGAUGUCUACUUAGAGAAUGGUUCUCUCAUGUCACUCAAUGAGCUGGACUCAGCCUUUUCACAGUUCAGGAACAAAUUAGCGAAUGUCACUCUGCAAUAUGGGGGAAAACAGCCAUUUCCUGAAGAUAUUACAAAAAGUCCUCGUCGACAUAUUCUCCUCAUGGCCACCACACGUACUGGUUCUUCUUUUGUAGGGGAAUUCUUUAAUCAGCAGGAAAAUAUCUUCUACUUGUUUGAACCUCUCUGGCACAUUGAAAGAACUGUAUCUUUUGAAUCUGUUGGUGCCAAUGCUGUGGGUUCAGCAAUUGUCUACAGAGAUGUCCUUAAGCAACUUUUCCUAUGUGAUCUACAUAUUCUGGAGAACUUUAUCUCACCACCCCCUGAAAAUCACCUUACAAGAUUCAUGUUUCGUAGAGGUUCUAGCAAAUCAUUAUGUGAAGACCCUGUAUGUACCCCAUUUGUAAAAAAGGUCUUUGAGAGGUACCACUGCAAAAAUCGCAGAUGUGGCCCCCUGAACAUGACACUAGCUAUGGAAGCCUGCUUAAAUAAAGAGCACGUGGCUGUUAAAGCAGUGCGCAUUCGCCAGCUGGAAUAUUUACGCACUUUAGUUGAAGACCCACGUUUGGAUAUGAGGAUUAUCCAGCUGGUACGGGAUCCAAGAGCUGUGCUAGCUUCACGCAUGGUAGCUUUUUCAGGCAAGUAUGAGUCAUGGAAAAAAUGGGCCUUGGAGGGUGCAGCUCCAAUACCUGAUGAAGAAGUCCAAAAGUUAAAGGGCAACUGUGAAAGCAUCCGUAUGUCUGCUGAGCUAGGUUUAAAGCAACCAGAUUGGCUUCGUGGAAGGUACAUGCUGAUACGUUAUGAAGAUAUUGCAAGGUCCCCGCUUCAAAAGGCCAAAGAGAUGUACAAAUUUGCUGGCAUUUCAAUUACUCCGCAGGUGGAGCAAUGGAUCAUCAAAAACACACAAGCGUCCCAAGAUAGCAAUGGCAUAUAUUCUACACAAAAGAACUCUUCAGAACAGUUUGAGAAAUGGCGGUUCAGUAUACCCUUCAAACUGGCUCAGGUGGUCCAAGAUGUUUGUAAGCCAGCUAUGAAGUUGUUUGGUUAUAAACUGGCCAAUGAUUUAGAGACACUUACAAACCGUUCCAUCAGUUUGUUAGAAGAAAGGGUUAAUUUUUGGGUGACGUAAUGUUCCAUUUAAUUAUUUAUAUUUCGCUUUUCUAUCAAGUCCUCAAAACAAAGAUGGGAAAAGAGCUGAUUUGCACCUGCUGAGCCACAAAGUCCCAUCUUUGAAGCCUAUAUGCAUUUUCCAGUGAAUUGUUUCCUAAAUUAGGAAGCUUUUUUCUAUAACUGCAGUGACUAAGAAGAUGCUCAAGGCUGAUUCUUUAGAUUGGCUUUAAAAUUGGAUGAAUCCUGCUGAUGUAUAGAAACUGCCUACUUAGAUCCAGCAACUAAAUGAAGGCUAGUGUGAGAGAAAGAAAGCUGGCUUCUUUUUUUAACAAAGCAUCUUCCCAGCAUAUUCAAUGUUCUCAAGCUGAAUGGUUGAUCUCUGCACUAAAAAUACGCCCAAAGAGAUUUUAAAACAUAUGCACAAUGUGACUUUAAUUCUGAAGCAGCUUUACAAUUGCUAUGUAUUUUUUAAUACUAACUAUAGUGUUACAUUUUAGGAUGGCUGUUUCCUAAAAAAAAAUACAUAUUUUCUCACAUUGGACAUUACCGAGCGUGUUGAGGUCUAAACCUAUUUUCUAUAUGAAACUAUGAAUAUGUUUUAGACAUUUAAAUGCAGUGCAUUUGAUCAAGAGAGCGCUUGUGCACUCAAACUCCCUGCCGCACUUGAAAAAAAAAAUACCUUGCAGUAGACAUUAUAGUGCAGCACAAGGAGAUUAAUACAAUGUUUUUGCUAUUUAAUUUGUUCUGUUUCCAGAUGGGUGCAGAACCAGCUAAGGCUCUGCAUAAGUAAACAAUUCAUGUUCCAAAACAGAGAGAGCCUUUUCCCCCCCUUUACCACCACCUGUUUCUCACUCCAAGUUAUUCUAACACUCCAUAAAGUCUAAGCAGACCUCUCACCUGUUGUCUCUGUUGUGUAAGACUAUAAAUAGAUAAUGAAAACUUUUCAGAAAGGCUGCUGCUUGGGCAGCGUCGGGUACUGAUGGCAGAAAGCUUAGCCCAAACAUUGCAAAUUGGUUUCUUAAAAUAGUUAACUUGUCAUAUUUUACCAGUGAUUAAAGGGUCUUUUUGAAAUCAUACCAAGGUAGCAAUGAUCAUCUUGAACCCACAAUGAACUAGCCACAGGGGUGGGAGUUAGCUGCAUUUGUGUCAUCUAUAAGGCUUAAAUAAAGGCCCUAUGUGUCUUUCACAUAGAAUCUAGCCUAAGAACCAUUACCUAGUAAACAUCUUAUACUCCAUUUUCCAUUUUAAUGCUUUGUUACCUGCCUCCAUCUCUCUCACUCUAUCUUGCUGCAUGCAUGUUCUUUCCAUCAGUUUUGUGUAAAUCUUUUCCUUUCCUGUCAACUGUGCAUAAAAGAAUCAGCAGUCAAUUUCUGCCAUCUUGACAACUGUAAACAUCUGGAUUUUCUGCAUCAGAGCAUAAUAUAAAAUAUGAGCAAACUGCCUGUGCCCAAACUCACUUCUUCCUAGUCAGAGAUAAUUUGUGAUUGUUAAAAUGGCUAUACACCUUCAGAUAUGCUCUUUUGGCUAGGUCAAAAUUAGCAUAUUUAUUCUCAAUUUGGCAACCAAAACAAUUAGAUCAAUGGCGGCCCACCCAGCGAGCGCUACAUUAAUGCGCUGAUGAUAUUAUCGCCCGACAGGAUGUCUUAAUCUGCUUAAUAGGUAUCUGCUUGAUUUUCAGUUAGAUAUUGGUUAUGUAGGAUGUCCGAAGCCCCCCCAUACAUAGACCAAUAUGCUGUCUGCUUUUAUCAUCCCAUUUAUACCAAGCUUAAUAUUACAUAAAUUCCCACUGAUACUGCAGUAUACUAUGGGAAGAAUGUAAACUGCAGUAUACUAUGGGAAGAAUGUAAUUGAAAAUCACAAGCAUUAUUUAAAAUGUCAUCUUUUGCCAAUGUUUAGCACUGCUCACAUUGUAAAAUCAGUUGCUGGUCGAAUAUUACAUUGUGUAUUUUGGCUAAGCAAAAGUUUAGCACAAAAAGAUUUUGCGAUUAGAACAUUUUAUUACAUCCACUGCAAACGUUCGCAAAAACUAUUUGCUUGUAAACUUUGCGAUCAAAUAGUCAUUGAGGUCUUUUAAUCAGUCAAAAAUUAUGCAAACAUGGUUGCCAACAUUCAGAAUUGCCUUUGUGCAGGGUUUUUUUGUGCUAGCAAACAUAUUACAUCCCCCCUUAAGUAUACUGCAGACCAAGCUAUGAAUUAAUAUCAUGUCUUACCUUUUAUCAAUGGUAUCUUUUUAGUCACAAAGUAAAAUUUUUUAUAUAAAUGGUAAUAAGCAGUGUCACAGAACAUAGUAGUUUAUUUUCAAGUAGUUCAAGUUUCAAACAACUAAAAUGUUCUGAAAACUUACUAUGGUCAUCAUUGUAUCUAUCCAGUAAAAGGUAUCACCCAAUCCACAGGAUCCACACUUGUGCCCUUACACAUACCUAUGCUAAAAGCAGGUAUUUUCCAGAUAGGGACCACCUUCCUAAGCAACUCCAAACCAUUUAAACUUUAAUAAUACAGAAUGAAAUUGUUUUGCUAUCAGCAUGGAUUUAUGCUAAUUUAGUUAAUAUCAAAUUAUAGGUAUAGAAUCCAGAAAGCUCCAAAUUACAGGAAGGCCAUCUCCCAUAGACUCCAUUUUAAUAACAAUUUUUUUUUUAUUAUUUCCUAUUUUAUCUAUAAUAAAGACAGUACCUUGUACUUGAUCUCAAGUAA